GAUCCCUCCAGCAGGUCACGGUCACAGUCCAGAAACGAAACCACCUCCAAAGGCAGAUGAGUUGGGACCAUGGAGAUAUGGCAGCAAAUAUUUUCUCAGAAGAUUGGGCAGAUGAAACCAGGAGACAGGUGGACUCUGAAGGCGGAUUAUAACCUUCAGUCCAACGACCUGGACCCUGGAUGGAAGCAAUUCCUACAACAACAUGCAUUUGCCAGGUUUCAGAGCUCACAGUGCUGGCACACCUGGCCCUAGGCGCAGGUGAACAUUCUCUUCCACGUGCACCUGGACCGGAAGCAGAGACAGGGCCAGGUGAAGAUGAAAAUCUUCAGACAAGAGUGCAAGAAAUGCCUCGUGCCGAAACUGGAACAGCCUGAAUUCAGUCAGGAGAACGUUGAGAGAGUCCUGGAGAACCUGAUGCUGAAGAUUCGCGGGAAAUGCUACAGAGAGGCCAUCAAUCCCCACGACCUUUCCAAGAUCAUCGUGGAAGCUCAGACAAUGGGGCCACAUGACAGCUCCCACUGAUGCCGGCUGGGCAUCUGUUGCAUGAAAUAUGAAGCCCAAGCACCAGGCAGCACCUUCUUUAGGCCUGCUUCUCUGUUGCCGCGCAUCUUUCCUGCCCAGGAGGAAUGGAGAGAAGAAGAGACGGGGAGCGGCUGUGACUGGGGGAGCAGCUGUGACUGGUGGCGCUGCUGUUGCUACAGUUGUUGUUUGGUCAUAUUUUUGGCUGUGCUCAUUUUUGUUCUGCUUUAUUUCAAAACCAAGUAGUGGAAAUUUGACACUCGUACUUGUCCCGAAUGUAACUGAACUGUAAUAACCUGAGUAGUCUGUAUCCACAAUCUGUCAGUCUUUAAGGUGCCACCGGACUCCUUGUUGUUUUUGUAAUAAUCUGAGUAAUAACUGGGCUUGGAAAGAUUAAAUUUUUAUCUGUAAAUGUCAGUAAAUGUCAGUGUUCACCGCACACUAUAAACCAACAUCAGUGAUUGAAAUUUACCGAUAGGUCAAGUAAGAAAAAUACUGCUUUGGGCCUCCUUAGC